UUCGCGGCGAGCGGUUGGAUUUUCUCAGCGGAGAAAAAACGCGAAAAACAGUGCUUGAAGGCGGGUGAAAUCUACGAAAGCAAAGAAACAACAAAUUCCAAGUGAAGAGUGCACGCCAAAGAAAAAAUAAGUUCAGAUCGCAUUGUGCGAUUAUAGAAAUUCGUAAAUGAAACGCAAAUAAAUGAGGCCAAUCAGCGACAGAGAGCUGCGAAUUAUGGCACAAUAUUGUCUAAAAAUAUAAUCAAGUGUAACUGUAAGAAAGAAAAAGUGGCAAAGGCACAGCGGAAGAAAAGGGAAAGAGCCAAAGAAACCGAAUAAUACAAAAAUCAAGAAAAGAAAACGAAACGACACAGAACAAAGCGCCUUCGUUGUGGGUCAAGAACGAAAGUUCGGGCUCAAAAAAAAGGUCAAGCCGCCUGCUACUUGAGGAGGAGACCUGCCUGUAGAUCUUUGUGAAUCUCUGGAGUUGUGGAAGCUCUGCAGCUGUGAACCUGGCGUAGCCAUUCCCAAAACAUUAUGAAACAGCGGCAGUUGUCGUGGCCAGGUUGCCGGGCAAACUGCUGGCUCAUCGCCCUGCUGGCCACUCUGACAGUGGCGGAAGUUGCAGCUUUGCCCUUCCUGUUCACGCAUCUCCGGCCGCAGAUAAACUGGACGCAGUUGGAGACGCAGCCCUGGGUGGUGGAGGAGCAGCCGCGCAGCAUUGAGCCGCAUCUGGAACUGGUGCCGCAUCCCAAUCGCACCAAGAUCAGUGCUUCCGAUGCCUCUGAUGCGGAGUUCCUCCAGCGGCUGGCCAACCAAACGGCUACCUCGCGAAUGCUGUGGAACGAUGCGGGUGGCGGGGAUGGCCUGGUGUAUCCCCCGUUCGUGGACCGCGCCCUGAGGCUGCUGAACCUCAAGCAGGUGGCCUUCGAGGUGGAGAACAGCCUGAUGUCCCAGGUGACGUGCACCGCCUGCCGAGCUGGUGCCGGUAUGAUCCAGCAUCAGAUUCAGUCCGGCAAGACGGACGCUGACUUGAUCCAAAUGAUCACGGACUAUUGCACGAAUCUGAAUAUCCAGACUGCCAGGGUUUGCCAGGGAGUCGCCCAGCUCUUUGGCACCGAGUUGAUCUACGUCCUGAAGCGGGUCAACCUCAGUCCCGACGAGCUGUGCAGCUUUGUGAUUGGCGAUGGCUGCGCGGAUGUCUACAAUCCCUACCAUGAAUGGGAGGUGAUCUUCCCACCGGUGCCUAAGCCACCACGUCUCGCCGACCUGCCCAUUCCAAUGGAGGCGGCUCCAUUCUUUAAGGUCCUCCACAUCUCUGACACCCACUAUGAUCCCCAUUACGCGGAGGGCUCCAAUGCCGAGUGCAAUGAGCCUCUGUGCUGUCGUCUCAGCAGUGGACGACCAGCAACGCCAAAUGCGGCUGCAGGAAAGUGGGGAGACUACAGGAAAUGCGAUACGCCCAAGCGGACGGUGGAUCACAUGCUGGCCCACAUUGCCGAGACCCACAAGGACAUUGACUACAUCCUGUGGACCGGCGAUCUGCCGCCGCACGAUGUUUGGAACCAGACCAAGGAGGAGAACCUGGCCAUUUUGAAGGAGACGGUGCAGCAGAUGGUGGAGAAAUUCCCUGGGGUGCCCAUCUUUCCGGCUCUGGGCAACCACGAAAGUGCUCCGGUAAACAGUUUCCCUCCGCCGUAUGUCAACCAGGUGGACAUCUCAAUUAGUUGGCUCUACGACGAGCUGGAUAUCCAGUGGCGUCGCUGGCUGCCCCAAAGUGUGACCCACACAGUGCGUCGCGGAGCCUUCUACUCGGUGCUGGUGCGUCCAGGCUUUCGCAUCAUUUCGAUGAACAUGAACUACUGCAACAACAAAAACUGGUGGCUCCUGUUGAACUCCACAGAUCCAGCCACGGAGCUGCAGUGGUUCAUUUAUGAGCUGCAGAGUGCCGAGUUCUCCAACGAAAAGGUUCAUGUGAUUGGUCACAUUCCCCCAGGACAUUCGGACUGCUUGAAGGUCUGGUCCCGAAACUUUUACAAGAUCAUUGCUCGCUAUGAGAGCACCAUAACAGCUCAGUUCUAUGGACACACACACUACGAUGAGUUUGAAAUGUUCUACGAUCCGCAUGAUCUGAAUCAUCCUAAUAGCGUGGCCUACAUAGGACCUUCUGUUUCGCCCUACUACGAUCUGAAUCCUGGCUAUCGGAUCUACUAUGUGGAUGGAGACCAUGACUCCACCACACGGCUGGUCAUAGACCACGAGUCCUGGAUAAUGAAUCUCAAGGAGGCCAAUCUGUAUGGAUAUCCCAUAUGGUAUAAGUUAUAUACGGCACGAGCUGCUUACAAUAUGAAGGCUUUGCGGCCCAGUGACUGGAACAAUCUGCUCAAUGAGCUGACCAACAAUCAGGAGCUCUUUGAGCUGUACUACAAAUAUUACUGGAAGAACUCGCCGGCUCGACCCACUUGCGAUGCCGAGUGCAAGAAGAGGCUGAUCUGCGACUGCAAAAGUGGACGCUCCCACGAUCGUAAACACUUUUGUGCCGAGGUCGAGUCGAAGAUCGAUCAGGAGUCUUCAAAGUCCUGGAAGUCGUGGUUCUAUCGGGGACUAACCAACUCCUAUAGCCUGCUAUCCUCGAUCACCUACCUGCCCAAAUACCUGCUGGGGUACCGCUGAUUAUCCGCCCAUCCAUCUAUCAUCAGUCAACUGCAAGUCAAUGCAAUCGAGAGGAAUCGCCUACCCCCUAAGUUUACUAUGUGAUAACUAGUGCUUAAUGCCCCCACUUUUGUCUAAGUUAACUUAACCGCAACAACAUCACAAUGCCCGCCCCACGACCUCCGACUUGGACAUAUAUUUAUAUAAAUAUCUCCCAACGCCCGCCCAAAACUGAGUCAGUGAACAAUAGUCAUUUAAAUGUAAUCGAUCGAGUCGUUGUUGUUUUUGCUGCUGCCGUUGCAUUACGGGGCGAGGCAGGUGCGCCCAUCUGCUGCAAGGAAAUUGUUGAACAAACUACUUUUUAGAAGCGUAAUUGUAAAGCUAAUUUAAUGCUUAUCGUAAAUAAAGUGAAGUUAUUUAA